AGCACAAGAGAACCUGAUUCUUCUUCUUCUUCUUCUUCCAGAGAUUAACCAGUCCAAGAACCCACCGUGGUUAACUACCGAUCUAUUCCAAACUAGACAUGGAGGCGGUGGAGCCGUUGGCGGUGGUGAGCUGCGAGUGCUGCGGCAUGGAGGAGGAGUGCACCGGCGAGUACAUCGUCGGCGUGAGGGCCUACUUCGGGGGCCGGUGGCUGUGCGGGCUGUGCUCCGAGUCCGUCAAGUAUGAGGCCGGCCGCAGCAAGCGCGCGGCGGUGAUGGGCGUGGAGGAGGCCGUGCGGGCGCACAUGGCCUUCUGCCGCAUGCUCAGGCGCGGCGGCCCCGCGGAGCGCGUCGCCGAGGGCAUGUGCCAGAUGCUUAGGCGGCACACCGCGUCCGGGAAGUGCCGGGUCGCCAUCUCAUCGUCCUCGUCGAGGCGGAUGACGCUGGCGCCGGCUGCGUCAGCGUCUGGACCGCACCACCGCGCGUCGGUGGCGCCGCUGUCGAUCGGUCUCUGAAUAUCUGGUCGGUCCGACGUGCAGGCUGGCGGCGGCGACCGGCCGCCUGAGUUGAUGCCUGGUUCUUUAUUUUCAUCGAGUGCAUGCUUCGGACGUACGUCUUCCUCAUCGCCUCAGAGCACAAGCUAGCUAAGCUAUAUAGUAUAAUCUUGUUGAAUAGAUUACGGAAGCUAAGCACAAGUGUUGGAUUUCAUUUCUACGUGUAAGUUUUGGUCGGUUGAUCCGAUGAAACUUAAUUAUGG